GCGAAAUGCGCAUGUGCCUUUGCUGGGACACGCUCGUGCUCGUUCUCAUCCACCAACCAACCGUUAUUAGGGCCAAGCUGUCAUCUCCGUUUCAUCCUCAGCAGCAUACAACCGUGUUUUUCCCGACCUUACUCAGCAGCCCUUGGUGACAACUCUCCAAGGACCAAACACACAAGAUACAUCCUCUAUUUUUUCAAAUCGGAGAAGUAACUUUUAUCGAGAAAUUUUCUCUGCAAAUAGAAGAAGGCACAAGAUGAAGUUGGACAGGGGUUGGAUGUGGUGCGUGCUGCUCCUGUCCUGCCUCUCUGUGGCAGCUGUGGCAGAGCAGGACAAGCAGUCGGAAGUUGACAUUUCAGAUGUCGAUGAAGAUAUGGGCUUAGACGAGGAAGAAUUAAAGGUUCUGAUGGCAGAAAAGGAGGAGAAUGAGGAGGCAACAGUGAUGGAUAAAGACUACCCUGAUGAGACAGAUGAAGAAAGUGGGAAGGCUGGAACAGAUGCAAAUGUCUCUUUCCAGGUAGCAUACAAGACUCCAGUUCCCACUGGAGAUGUCUACUUUGCAGAGACAUUUGAUGAUGGAUCACUGGACAGAUGGCAGCUGUCAAAGACAGUGAAAGGGGAUGCUGAUGAUGACAUUGCCAAAUACGAUGGAAAGUGGUCUGUGGAGCAGCUGAAGGAAAACAAAGUUCCAGGAGACCAGGGUCUGGUGCUCAAGUCCCGGGCCAAACACCACGCAAUCGCUGCAAUGCUGGACAAACCCUUUGUCUUCGAGGAUGAACCUCUCGUCGUACAGUAUGAAGUGAAUUUCCAGGAAGGUAUCGACUGCGGUGGAGCAUACAUCAAACUGCUUUCAGACACUGGAAGUCUGAAUCUGGAGCAAUUCCAGGACCGAACACCCUACACCAUCAUGUUUGGACCAGACAAGUGUGGCGAGGACUACAAACUGCACUUCAUCUUCCGCCACCAGAAUCCUCUCAACAAAGACUGGGAGGAGAAACACGCCAAGAGGCCCGAUGUCGACCUCAAGAAGUUUUACACUGAUAAGAAGACUCACCUCUAUACUUUGGUCCUGAACCCAGACAACAGCUACGAAAUGCUUAUCGAUCAGUCCAGCGUGGGCCGUGGCAGCCUGCUGCAUGAUGUGGUACCACCAGUCAACCCACCCAAAGAGAUUGAUGACCCAAAUGACUCCAAGCCAGAAGACUGGGAUGAGAGGGCCAAGAUUCCCGACCCCGAGGCAGUCAAGCCUGAUGACUGGGAUGAAGAUGCUCCAGCAAAAGUUGAGGACCCUGACGCUCUGAAGCCAGAGGGCUGGCUUGACGAUGAGGCAGAGUUUGUCCCAGACCCUAACGCAGAGAAACCGGAAGACUGGGAUGAGGAGAUGGAUGGAGAGUGGGAAGCCCCACAGAUUCCUAACCCGGCCUGUGAGACAGCACCUGGCUGUGGGGAGUGGAAGCGUCCCAUGAUCAAUAACCCGCAGUACAAGGGCAAGUGGAAAGCCCCUCUGGUGGACAAUCCCAACUAUCAGGGAACCUGGAAACCACGUAAGAUCGAUAACCCAGACUAUUUUGAGGACCUGCAUCCAUUCAGGAUGGCACCUUUCAAGGCCCUGGGCUUGGAGUUGUGGUCCAUGACUUCAGAUAUCUACUUUGACAACUUCAUUAUCACCUCUCACAAGGAGGUGGCCGACCGCUGGGCCUCAGACAGCUGGGGGCUGAAGAAACUGGUGGCCAGUGCCAACGAGCCAGGGAUUUUCACUCAGCUGAUGGUGGCAGCAGAGGAACGACCUUGGCUCUGGGUGAUCUACAUUCUGACAGUUGGCCUGCCUGUAGGACUGAUUGUGCUCUUCUGCUGGCCGAAGAAAUCAAAUGAUGACUAUUUGUACAAGAAGGUGGAUCUUCCCCGGGCUGAUGUAGAAGAGGAAGAGGAGGAUGAAGAAGAAGAGGAGGAAGUAGCAGUAGAGAAGGAAGACAAAGCAGCCAAGGGUACAGAUGGAGCUGCAGCAACGGAAGAGGCUGAGGAGGAGGAGGAGGACGAGGAGGAUGGAGCUGGUGCGGGAGGUGACAAUAUAGAGGAGGAGGAGGAAGAAGAGGAGGAGGAGGAGGAGGAGGAGGAGGAGGAGGACGACGACGACAACAACAAAGAGGAAACCAAAACAAAGAGAAUAUUAGAAGAUGAGCAGAAGGACGGAGGAGACGUCGCCGAAGAGAGCCACAAACAAGCUGUGAGAAAGAGGAGGGUACGGAAGGACUGAGGAGGUGAAGCCCACGCCUGCUGUCUCCUUUGGCCCCCCCCCCCAAUGCAGAGGAGGUGGAUGGGCUGUCUCUGCUGCUGUUCUCCAAGUGGAGCAGCAUGCAUUUCUUCCAAAACCACCUGGUAGCCUGCAGUCACCCCAGCUGCCCCAUCCAUGUCUCCUCCAUGCCUCUACGACACCCAUCACAGGUCUGCUGUCUCCCAAACCACAUCCUGUAUCAUCCCUCCGCCUCAUCUCAUCUCUCCCUCCCGUCUGCUCUGUUGAACUAUCAGAUGAAUCCCCUGGAGAUUUUGUGCAUUUAGCUGUUUUUCCUCCUCCAUCCUGACCAUCUACGCUGUUUUCAUCCUUCUAUUCUCUAAGCCAUUUCUGUCAAAAUGCCUGUCAGCCUAAAAAGCUGCCUCUGUUCCUGUUCAUCCCGUCUCUGCUGUCAGUCCUCUUUCUGAAUAUACGCCACCAUAGAUCCAGUCUGCCUCUUCUGGGAGUGACGGCAGCAGAGAGCGUGUGUGCAUUGCUGUCAACUUGAGUUAUUCAGACCACUUUACAGUAUAUCAUAGGGGCCUACAUCUCAGAACUUGUUUUACAGAACAUGUUCGAGGACACAGUUUGACAGAGUCCCUUCUUCGUUUAAAAUAGUUCAGGUCUCGUGAACAGGCCAGCAGGAGAGGACGCCAGGCUGCGAGAACAGGCUGUUUGAGAUGUUGCAGCAGUGUCGGGACAUUUCAGCUGAUAAGUCGCCUCAGCUUAGGUUUGAAAGUUUACCUCUUUAAAAAAAAACAAAAAAAAAAUGAUGUUCUGUUUAGAUUUUAGGCAGUUUGCAAGGAGCGUCAAUUACUUUUAUGUGUUUUUUACUAAGUUAUCGCAGUUAAAGAAUUGAGGAUUAGCACUGAUUAACCCUAUUUAUCAGUUUCUUUUAAAUGUGUUUUAUGCCACAUGAGUUUAAGUUUAAUAUUGCAGUGUUUUGAGUGACUUGAGGCAGUUUUCUUAAAUAUACACCACUGAUGUGCUUAUCCUGAGGCUAGGUAAAGAUACAUAUGAUCAGUGUUCACGAUCGUAACACUGUCUGUGCUUGCAGCAAAAAUAGGUCAUUUUGAAUGCCUUGGCCAUCAGUUGUCAAUAAGCCUAUAAAUAUGUGGAUAUUAAACCUGUGAAGACGUCUCAUUCAGUCAGUACACAGCACUGCUUUCCAUCUAACUAGUUGGAGUUCAAAUCCUAGAUUACUGAUGCUAAUUUAUUUGUUUUAUAUUAUUGUCUCAAGCUUUUGUAGUUCAUGCCAGAUGCUGGCAGGUAUCCCUGUUUACAUUUGUUUGCAAAUUGUGCAUUGCUCUUGGAAAUAAAAUUAUUUAAUACAAAAAA